AUGAAGCUUCAAGUAACACUGGAUGCGAUGCGCCAUUGUUCGAUUCUCAUUGCACUACUGUUCUGCCUCGUCCAUGCUACUCGGUUGGAAGCCAUCGGAUUCCAAAAUUGGUCAUUCAUACUUAACAAUAAUCCUUCAAAGAACUGGGUUAUCCUUGCCGCUGGUUCCAACUCUUGGAUAGAUUAUCGACAUCAAGAUCUCCAUAUCAUUGCUGCUUUAAGAAUCGUUAGUUAUUCCAUAAUCGAAAGUGACACACAUUGCACACAACGGCGUCGAAAGUUUAUUCAAAAUAAAAGCCCGGAACGAAAUACAAACAGAAUUUACGAGCAGUUCAUUUCUUUCUGUUCGACCUACAUGUUGACUUCUCCGAAAACUCGCUGCCGUAUUUCGUUCUUUUAUUUCAGAAAUCCGUUUAAAGGCAAAGUGUUCCAUGAUUACGAGCACGAAGAUGUCUACGGGGGUGUGGUCAUUGACUACCGUGGAAAUGAGGUCAACUCAGAUACCUUCGUGAGAGCAUUGAAAGGUGAUAAGAGACUAGAAAGACAAGGGAAGAAGGUGCUCAAGAGUGGUCCUGAUGACUACGUUUUCAUCUAUUACUCUGACCAUGGUGCACCUUACUCUAUUAAGUUCCCAAUUGGAUCACUUGAUGCCCUGGAGUUCAACGAUAUCCUUGCCUGCAUGUAUCUUAACAAAAUGUACAAGAAAAUGGUGGUUUACAUGGAUUCUUGCUACUCUGGCUCUCUCUUUUACGAUAUUCUUCCUACGAUUGCUGGAACUCCAUAUGGUUUUUCUUUGUUCCUAUCUCUUACCCGCGUGCAGAAGGACAUAAAGAAGCGUACACUGGAUCAACAGUACGAGGAGGUGAAAAAAAGGACGAAACAAAGUCACGUGAUGAAAUACGGUGAAAAGGAAAUGGGAAGUCUCCCAGUUGGGAAAUUCCAAGGGCAUUAUGAUCUACUGACAAACCGGAAUGAUGGGGCAAUUGCGCCUACUGCUGCAGAUAGAAAACCCUCUUCCCGGGCGCAUUUGUUUUCACUGUCUCGAAGCAUGAUGGACGCCACAACCAAGGAAGUACACGAAAGAGCUCGGAGAAAACUGCACCGUGCACUUCAGUCAAUUAUAUUGGUGGCCGCUUCUGGAAGUCGCCAAAAAUAUCCAAUCGCGUGUUGGUUACAUGUGCCCGAAGUCUCUUAUAGUCUGUUGAAUUCCUCUCACAUCUGUUCUUAUAUCUUCUUUCAGCUUGGCCACAUCGUCAAGCAAACGUUUCGCGACAUCGUCGAGGAUGCGACAACUCACCAUAAGCCAACGGUAAAGGGCUUGUCCAAGAGGGAUGAGCUCAUUUGUUUCAAGGCAGUAUUCGAUCAAUUCCAGUCGCACUGUUUUACAAUUCACCAGGUGGGUUGCCCUAAGGGUGCGCGGUGUCACGCAUGCAAACAUGUGUUUACGUUACUUACAAAUACGUUCACUCUUCACGUCACGUAA